AUGGAAUAUUGUACCCGAUUACUUCAACAAGCUUCCAUGGACAAGGGGCUCCGGUUUCAUCCUAAAUGUAAGCACCUUAAAAUUGUCAAUCUCUGUUUUGCAUAUGACUUGGUCAUUUUUUGCAAGGGGGUCAAUAGUUCGGUUCAGAUUAUUAAGGAGAGCUUUAAUGCUAUCUGCUGUGCUUCUGGUUUAACUACCAACAAGGACAAAUCUCAGAUUUAUUUUGGUGGUGUGGCUGAAAAAGAGACUCAAAAAUUGCUUGAGGGGCUCCAAUUCUCUGAAGGUCAUUUCCCCCUAAAAUAUUUGGGAGUACCUCUUCGAACAACAAGAUGGAAGGUUUGCUUGCCUAAGUUCAUGGGUGGUCUUGGCUUCAAGGAUAGUUGUACUUGGAAUAAAGUGCUUCUUGCCAAGUAUAUUUGGGAUGUUUCUUCUAAGCAUGAUAUUCUGUGGGUUAAGUGGGUGGAUUCUAUCUACUUAAAGGGUCAGGAUUUAUGGCUUUACAGAGUUCCUCAGGACGUGAGCUGGUAUUGGAGAAGAUUGACUAAGCUUAGGGAUGACUUCCCUGCUUUUCGACUUGAUGAGGCAGUCCAUCAUAACAAUCUUUGUCUAAAAAUUCUGUAUCACAGGUUGCUUAACAAGGACAGAGUCAUCUUUGCGAAUGUGGUUUGGAACUCUUUGACUGUGCCUAAGCACAGAUUCGUUUUAUGGCAGGCUACCUUGGGCCAUCUGUUGACUCGAGAUAAGCUCAGUCUUUGUCAUUUGGACCUUCCUUCUGUGCUCUGUCCGGUGUGUGAAGAGGAGCAAGAGUCUCACUGUCAUCUGUUUUUUGAGUGCCCUUUUUCUCGGCAGGUUAGAUCCCAGGUGGAGAGCUGGCUAGGUAGUGGUAUUUGGCCGAGUCAUCUGGAAGGGUGGUGUUCUUGGAUGGCUGGUAAGCCGAAGGGGCUGAAGCAAGUAGUUAUGUCUGCUGCCUUAGCAGCUUCGGUUUACAUGGUUUGGAGAAAUAGAAACAAUUGUAUAUUUAAGUUUAGCUCUUUUUCUGUGGGCUCUGUUACUAAUUUGAUUAAACACUUCGUGAGGGGUAGGCUUCUUAGUCAUACUAAGAAGAAUCUGAGGAAACAUGAUUUAGCUUUCUUUGAUAAAGUAGUUCAGAUGUAA